AUGAGCCAGCUGGAGAUGGUUCAGGGCCCCACGGCGCUUCCCGCAAGAAUGGGAUGUCAGGGGGGCCCUGAGGUCAUGUUCCAAGCACAGAUUUCGGAUGCUGACUGGGUUGACCUGUGGGACCAGUUUGAUGAGCGGCGGUAUCUGAAUGCCAAGAAGUGGCGCGUCGGUGAUGAUCCCUACAAGCUGUACGCUUUCAACCAGCGGGAGAGCGAGCGGAUUGCCAGCAGCCGGGUGGUCCCAGACACUCGCCUUUUCAGAUGCACCCUGCUGGGGUACUGCACGGACCUUCCUCCUACCAGCAUCAUCAUCACCUUCCACAACGAGGCCCGCUCCACCCUGCUCAGAACCAUCCGCAGCAUAUUAAACCGCACCCCUAUGAAUCUCCUCCAGGAAAUCAUAUUAGUCGAUGACUUCAGCAAUGACCCCGAGGACUGCAGACAGCUCAUCAAGCUACCCAAGGUGAAAUGCUUACGCAAUAACGAGCGGCAAGGUCUGGUGCGGUCCCGGAUCCGGGCUGCUGAUGUUGCCCAGGGCACCACCCUGACUUUUCUCGACAGCCACUGUGAGGUGAACAGGGACUGGCUCCAGCCCCUGCUGCACAGGGUCAAAGAGGACUACACGCGGGUGGUUUGCCCCGUGAUCGAUAUCAUCCACCUGGACACCUUCAACUACAUCGAGUCGGCCACGGAACUUAGAGGGGGGUUUGACUGGAGCCUCCACUUCCGAUGGGAGCAGCUCACACCAGAGCAGAAGUCUGGGCGCCUGGACCCCACUGAGCCCAUUAGGACUCCAAUCAUAGCUGGAGGGCUCUUCGUGAUGGACAAAUCCUGGUUCGACUACCUGGGGAAAUAUGACAUGGACAUGGACAUCUGGGGCGGGGAGAACUUCGAAAUCUCCUUCAGGGUGUGGAUGUGCGGGGGCAGCCUAGAGAUCGUCCCCUGCAGCCGAGUGGGCCACGUCUUCCGGAAGAAGCACCCGUAUGUUUUCCCAGAUGGAAACGCCAACACGUAUAUAAAGAACACCAAGCGGACCGCUGAAGUGUGGAUGGAUGAAUACAAGCAGUACUAUUAUGCUUCCCGGCCAUUCGCCCUGGAGAGACCCUUUGGAAACAUUGAGAGCAGAUUGAACCUGAGGAAGAACCUGCAGUGCCGGAGCUUCAAGUGGUACCUGGAGAACGUCUAUCCAGAACUCAGAGUACCCAAGGACUCCUCCAUCCAGAAGGGCAGCAUCCGACAGAGGCAGAAGUGCCUAGAGUCUCAAAAGCAGAAAGACCAAGAGAUCUCCAACCUCAAGUUAAGCUCCUGUGUCAAGACUGAAGACAAGGAUGCAAAGUCCCAGAUCUGGGCCUUCACAUACACCCAGCAGAUCCUCCAGGAGGAGCUGUGCCUGUCAGUCAUCACCUUGUUCCCUGGCGCCCCUGUGGUUCUUGUCCUUUGCAAGAAUGGAGAUGACAGACAGCAAUGGACCAAGACUGGUUCCCGCAUCGAGCACGUGGCAUCCCACCUCUGCCUAGACACGGACAUGUUUGGCGAUGGCACUGAGAACGGCAGGGAGAUCGUUGUCAAUCCGUGCGAGUCCUCACUUAUGAGCCAGCACUGGGACCUGGUGAGCUCUUGAAGAUCCAUGUCAGAACCGGCAGGGGCCGUGGGGUGGCGCUUCCCCGGAUGAGAAUCGGACUGGAAACCAGGCUGCAGGCAGCCCCGAACUACUGCAGAAGCCCGGAAUGGGGAGGCGAAGGCAGAGCCCCCCAGGACAGGAGCGGCUGUCAGGGAGGAUGCAGGAAGAGAUUGCAAGCCAAGAGCAACUCAGAGACAGACAGAUCCCCGUGUUCUCAAGGCCGUUAAGUUCCAGUCCUGGCUGGGUCUGCCCCUGCACGGUAUCUGGAGGCAGAGACCUGAAGGGAAGUGUUGAUGUUGUUCCCUGUCUUAACGAAAGAGGUCAGAGAGGACAGCCUUCGUCGUCACUAGGCCAGGACUCGACUGAGAGAUGAAGGGCGGAGGUGCUUUUCAAAACAAAUAAAGGAACCGUGGAAGUU